AUGUCUGACCUUGAAAAUGAAAUUCUGGGCUCUAGCUUUAGUGCCCCUGUACCAGAACUUGACGAUCAUACUCACCAAAUUCCUUCCAUUCAAAGACCACGUUCUAGACAUGACACUUCAGAAACCAUUCACAGCACAAAUCAGCGAAGAAUACAAAUUCAUGAGUUAUCGCGACCUUCCCAUGACCUUUCACCCAUCAUUGCCCGAGAUCUUGAAGAAGCUUUAAUUUUGGAAGAUGAAGAGGGUGUUGCUCCACGAGCAGAUAAAAGCCGGCGUGGUACUAUUACAAACUACGAUGGGCGCGCAGCCUCGCCACCAAACUCGGUCAAAGCAUUUGCCGAUGCCCGACGCCGCGAAAGGGAGCUCUCGUUGCCAGACGUAAGUAACUCAAGAUCAUUUAUUGAGCGACGUCUCGAGGAGUAUGAUCUUCACAGAGCUGCUUCGCGUGAUAGUAGGAGAAGCUAUCGCAGCCGGCGCAGUAAAAGAUACACAAACGAAAAUGAAGCGCCCAGCUUUAUUGGCUCAAGUAAAUCUGCGGAAGAUGAUGUUUGCUUUCCACUACAUAUGACCGGAGACAAGGAUACUCUACACAUAGAUUUUGAGAUACUAGAAAACUUUAUCGCCGACGAAGAGAGUCGCGAUAAGACUCCGCCAAUUGGCCAACCUCAAGCGCGAGUUUUCCAUGACCUGACUCACCAACAACAAAAUGAUGCACCGCUAGUAUUCACAGCUCAAGGAGACAUUCUUAAUGUGCCAUCUCUAAAAUCUUUUGAAAUGAGUGAAAAAGAAUCUACGAACAGUGAAAAAGCAGUAGCUGACACACAACGUCACUUUGAAAAUAGAUUUGAAUUUUUCUCAUCACUAGGCGAAUCAACUAUUCACGCUCCUGAGUUUGGUGAUCUCGUUCUUCCUGGAGAAGACGUCCGUAGUCUUUUCACAUUUCCCAGAGAAGAAGAUAUGGAUGGUGUUUGGUGGCUCAACAUGAACAGUCCAACCGAUGAGGAAAUCCGGACCAUCUGCAAAGCAUUUGGAGUCCACCCCUUGACCAUCGAAGAUAUUGGUACACAGGAGGCCCGUGAGAAGAUUGAAUUAUUCCCGUCUUACUAUUUUGCGUGUUUCAGAUCAUUUCACGUUGAGAAGAUUGAUGGAGGCCAGCAAUAUGAACCUUUUAACAUAUAUGUUGUUGUAUUUCGAGAAGGAACACUCAGCUUUAGUUUUUUUCCUAAUCGACAUGCCGCGGAUGUGCGCAAGAGGAUCACUAUGCUCAAAGACUACGUUUCACUAAGUUCAGAUUGGAUUUGCUAUGCAUUAAUUGAUAACAUCGUAGACUCCUUUGCACCUGUCAUAUCUAAAAUAGAGUCUGAGACUGAUCACAUCGAAGAUGAAGUCUUUAUAGCUCGUAACGACGAUAUGCACACAUUCUUGCGCAAAAUUGGGAUGGUGCGCAAGAAUGUUAUGGGUCUCAUGAAAUUGCUUGGCGGAAAAGCCGAUGUACUAAAGGGCUUCACCAAACGAUGUAAUGCAAACUACAAAGUCACUCCAAGAAUGGAUAUAGGACUUUACCUUGGUGACAUUCAAGACCAUGUAGUUACCAUGAUGACCAACUUGGCUCACUUUGAAAAGAUGCUUUCUCGAUCACACAGCAACUAUCUUGCUCAGCUUUCAAUCGACAAUAUCACUCAGGGAAAUCACGCUAACAACGUUCUCAGCAAGAUCACCCUUUUAGCAUCUAUACUCGUUCCUCUGAAUCUCGUCUGUGGUAUGUUUGGCAUGAAUGUCAAAGUUCCAUGGAGAGAUACCGAAAGUCUUAGUCCUUUCUUUGGAAUCCUAGGACUUUUAUUCUUACUCACUGUUGUCUCGCUAUACGCUGCGCGAAGACUUCGAUUUAUUUAG